AUGAAUAAAACCACAGCACCCGCACCCGACUUCGCCCUCCUCGACCAACUCGCCAACGAAAAUCCCAGCUACAAACUCACCAACGGCCCCAAUAACUCCUGCAGUCUCAUCCGCGACGACGGCUUCGGCAGCAAGUCCGACGACAAAUUCAGUUUCAUCCGCGAUGCCAACGGUAAAUUCAAACUUGUGAAGGAUAUCGGCCGUGAUAAGAUGGGAAACAUUGUUUAUGAGGUGGUUCCCACGCCCCAGAGGGAGAAGGGCCAUUUUGCGGGGGGUGGGAAUAGUUUGCAGGAACGUUUUGGGGGGAUGAGAGGUGGUGGAAGGGGAGGGGGACAGAGUAGUCUGCAGGAACGCUUUGGAGGAAUGAGAGUGUCGAGUGGUUUAGAAGGGACUGGGAGGGAUAGGGGACAGAGUAGUCGAGGUGGUAGAGGGGGUCAGUUUGGACAGAGAUCGAUGAAUAAAAAUCGCGGUCCUGCUCCGAUUAGGGAAGGACCAAGAUCUCAACCUAAAGAAGUGGUUGGAUUAGGUAUCUUCCUCCCUGAUGGCACUCUAGUUACGGGAUUGCAGAGAUCUGAUGAUACGCUUCUAGGGUUGCGCAUGCCGUUCCAAGGACAACGAAUAAUGGUAGCAACCAGAUUCAAUCGCAGCAUGGGAGUUCCGAUGUGA